AUGGCGGACAAACGCAGAAGGAAAAGCCUGAGCAUCUUCCGCCAGAAGGCGGACCCCAAUCCUACAGUACAAAUACCUGCCAGCACGCUAUUCGAGAAACACUCCAGCGAAUAUCUGGCAAGUCCGGUCGAGUCAGAUCCAGCCAGCCCCAAAAACCGGCCAAGGACAUUGCAGAGGGCAGGUCGCGCCUCCGUGUUCGGAUCUCUACGCUCCUUACACUCUCUCGAUGAAGACGAAAAGAUUGCCUUGACAAGAUCAGACUCGAAAUCUUCGUCACUCCAAGAAGAAGUUGACAUGAAUGUCAAGGGAUUGUUGGGCAGCAAAGUCCUCCAGUAUGGAGAGGUCCAAGCCGGUAGCAGCAACGUGUUUAGGAAACGGAACCAGUUCAUGGUGCUGACCGACACGCAUCUCAUUCGCUUUAGAAGUCAGGUCAAAGCAGCCGAAAUGUUUCCUAGUAUUCCCAGCAGUCUUAGCAAAGGACACGUUCCGAGGUCGUCUUCCGUGAGUUCUUAUCAAGAACUCCAAUCGUCGGCCUAUUCAGACAUCACCUCGGCCGUUCCACUUGAGCAAGUGGUUGCGGUGUUCAAGAUCGACGACGGACGGAUCUCUCCCACGGUGGAAGUGGGAUACCUCGACGAACGUGGGCGGAAAGCUUCAGCUAUACAAUGGCAACUCAACGAUUAUCGCGAGGCCGAGUUAUGGAUGACCGCGAUUCGUCUCGCUUCUCAGCAGGCAAGGAUGCUCCUCCAGCAACCCAUUCUAGACCAGACAGUGGAGCACCUUGCACGAGUCCUUGAACGGGAAAGAGACUAUGAUCCUCAGCACUUCCACGUCUUCAAAGUCGUGCAACGGUCCGUCAACAAGUCCUUAGGAAGGGCAUCUGCCGAAGACUUGACAAGGCACGGGUCAGCAACCGCAUGUUACCUUGUCAUUGGCUUGCACAAAAUCCACCUUGUACCUCUACAAAGAUCAUCGACACGAUCGUCAAGCACUUCUCUAAGCGAGUUGGAUCCCAUGACUUCCUACGCCCUUGUCACUUUGACAUCAAUCAAGGUUGUGGCUGGAGAGGAUGCCUUUCAAUUCUCGGUCAAACCUCCGCUGGGCCAACCAUACAUGAUGCACCUGGGCUCUUACGCCACAAGCGAGAUCGCGCUCCGCCUGCGAGCCGCUUCCGAGUAUCUGCGACCAGAAUGGGUCAGGCAGCCCUUCUUUUUCGACGUGCCUCCUGAGGUCGAUGAUCAAGCAAUUCCCCUGAUUUGGCCGAAAGAGGACCAUGAUUGCUUCGACCGGACGUUGAUUGCAUAUUGUGCAGGCUACGACGUAAACACCUCUCGUAUCUGUUACUCUGUGGACUACGAAUGCGAGGAUGCGCCAUGCUUUCUCUUACUUCCUCCGUCGGGCAUCGCUUCAUACUCCGCCUUGGAGUUACUCGCCGUACUUCGAGCAUUGAGAUACAACGAGUCCUUCUCCUCUAUUUCAUUUGCGCGAAUCAACCUAACGCCGCUACGCCACAUUUACGACGUGUUCUGCUCGGACGUGGACAGCCUCUUCUCGCGAUCUGGGAACCCGGUUAACAUCGUCGGCCAUCAAGAUCUGCCAGUUCUAUGUCAGGAAAUCAGAGCUCUGGCACUGAAAAGUCGACGGCUGAGGCGGAUGGAUUUCUCAAACACCAUGCCGCACACAGCUCGGGCAGACGGCGGAGAGCCUUUUGAUUGUGGCAUCCUGGAGGCUCUGGUCCCGUUGUGCAAGAGGUCUCUGACCAAUGUGGAUUGGAUUGUGCUUACCGGACUGCGGCUUUCUGAUGGCGACUUGAACUACCUCGUGGAUGCAGCUUCGGAACGAAAGUGCCAUCUUCGAGCACUGGAGAUUGGAGACUGUGGGCUUUCCGUUCACGACAUCGACGUGCUCCUGUCCUCCUUGUCUUGUCAGGAGAGCACUGUCGAAGUGAUCGACAUAUCGGGAGCACAAGGCCGGUUCAGUCCCGAGCUCUUCCAGCGUGGUAUAGGAGCCUUUACCCGCAUUCGGCGCUUGAAUCUUACACGGAUUCAGAUGACCGCUGGGCCAGAACCUUUGGUUGCUCCCGAAGUGCUGUUGGCCUGGAGACUAGAGGCGUUGUAUCUGUCGCAGACCACUCUCAAUGAGCAGUCCGUGGACUCAGUAUCAGCGUAUCUGGCCACGUCGAAAUCCGAAAUCCUGCGUGAGCUGCAUGUCAACCAAUGUGGCUUAACGGGGAAUGACCUAGCGACCUUCUUCCGGUCCAUGAGUCGGGACGACAAACAGCCGCGGAUAAUGCACGUCAGUGCCAACGAGAACCGGUUGAAGGUGGGCAACACGCUCAUGUUCAGGACAUUGGCCCACGGCUGCGGACCAACAUCGCUGAGCAUGAGGAUGAUGGACUUUGAGAAAGAGAGCCAUUUCCGAGAGCUGAUCAACGCGUUGAAAGUCAACACGACUUUGCGGAGUCUGGACAUUUCGCGUGCAUCCCUACCGUAUGAUGCCAGUAUCGAGACUUGUGAGGCUCUGAGGGAGAUGUUUGCCACGAACCAGACCUUGGAGGAGCUCGAUAUCAGCGGCGAACACGCGCAUUUGGACGCGACCCGAUUCGGCAUUGGCCUUAACAUCGCGCUGAGAGGAUUGGAAAAGAAUAAGACCUUGAAACUCUUGCGGAUCGAACAUCAAGGGCUUGGUUUGCAAGGGGCUAGUACCUUGGCCGAGGUUUUGCAGAAGAACAACACGUUGCUGGAAAUCCAUUGUGAGCACAACGACAUCAACCUCCAAAGCUUCACCGCGCUUGUCAACGCCCUCGAGAGGAACCACACAUUGCUGUACAUGUCGAGCAUGGACCAUGACCGAGCAAAGUCAUUGGAGAAGGUGCGGCGGGAGAUCGAUGUCGUGGACCGAGGAGACAGUCCGAAGUCACCCAAGCAUCAUGGUGGAGCGCUCAAGAAAGCAUUCGCCGGGACGUUGACGGGGAAAUCUCACGGCAAGGGGCACGGACAUCGUCACAGUAGCUCGUUGUCUUCCAUGGCCUCGUACACGGAUCAGGACAUUGCAGCGGUCAUGAGCACGCUGGAAGACAAGUGGAAUGCACAGGUUGCGCGGAUGCAGAAGUAUCUGUUCCGGAACUAUUGUCAUGCACAAGGCGUGCCUUGGGAGGGAAAUUCCGUGGAUGAGAGCACGCGGCCAGCGACUAUGGCGGGUGAAUCCUCGCUCGCUCAAAUCCUCAAGCGCGUGAAGCUGGACAGGACGCCGACUUCCGGGACGGUGGAUGCCCUGGAUUAUAUUGAUGAAAAAUUAGGGAGGGACAGCGAUGAUCGCAUGGUUUUCGAGAUGCCCUAG